UGCGCAGUGGCAGUAUGAUAAUAGUGUUGAUGCGUGUUUUGCGGGGCUUUAAAUGAAGAUUUUUGCGGGUUUUAGCGUUUCGGAGCCAGUUUCCCCCCGCGGCCCGACCUGAUGGAAAACCCCAGAGAUCUUGUGGAGCGUCCGUCCAGGAAACGCCGUGACUCCUUCGGGAUGCUGGACAGCGUGGAGGAAGACCGCAGCAGCUGCAGCACGGAGUCCAGCGGGGGGAGCGGCGCCUCCAGCCCCGAGGACAGCGAGGACGAAGAGCUGGGAGGAGGAGGAGGGGCAGGAGGAGGAGGAGGAGCAGUGCCUCAACUCUCCCCCUCCUCCUCCUCCUCCCUGACCCUCAUUAAGACCAACGGACAGGUGUACACCUAUCCAGACGGCAAGGCGGGCAUGGCGACCUGUGAGAUGUGUGGUAUGGUUGGUGUCAGAGACGCUUUCUACAGUAAAACCAAACGUUUCUGCAGCGUUUCCUGCUCCAGAAGUUAUUCCUCCAACUCUAAGAAGGCCAGCAUCCUCGCCAGACUGCAGGGGAAACCUCCAACCAAGAAGGCGAAAGUUCUCCAGAAACAACCUCUGAUGACCAAACUGGCAGCGUACGCUCAGCACCAAGCCAACCAGCAGAGCGUCAAGAAGAGCGUUUCCGUGGAGAUGUUUGAUUGGGGCCGUUACCUUGGAGACGGCGAUGUGGGAGGAGCCCCGGUCGGCUGCUUCAAACAUGUGUCCAUGGGGAAGACGUGGGGAGACAUCAGCGAAGGCGUCCGAGUCGAAGUCCCCAACACUGACAGCAGUCUGCCCAUGAAGGUGUACUGGAUCGCUGGCAUCAUCAAACUGGCCGGUUUUAAGGCCCUGCUGCGGUACGAGGGUUUUGACAGUGACUCCAGCAGAGACUUCUGGUUGAACUUGUGCGUGCCGGACAUCCACCCGGUCGGUUGGUGCGCCGCCGGAGGCAAACCUCUGGUCCCCCCUCAGACCAUCCUGCACAGAUUCUCCAACUGGAAGAACUUCCUGAUCAAAAGACUGACGGGAUCCAAAACACUGCCACCAAACUUCUCCUCUAAGGUGCACGAGAGCAUGCAGUAUCCCUUCAAGAAGCAGAUGCGGGUGGAAGUGGUGGAUAAGACUCACCUGUGUCGGACUCGGGUGGCUCUGGUGGAACAGGUGAUCGGCGGACGUCUGCGGCUGGUGUACGAGGAGUGUGACGACGGGACGGACGACUUCUGGUGCCACAUGUACAGUCCUCUGAUCCACGGCAUCGGCUGGUCCCGCUCCAUCGGACACCGCUUCAAACGAUCCGAUGUGUCAAAGAAGCUGGACGGUCUGAUGGAUGCUCCCGGGAAGCUGUUUGCAAAGGUGAAGGAGGUGGAUCAGAGCGGCUCCUGGUUCGAAGACGGGAUGAAGCUGGAGGCCAUCGACCCGCUCAACCUGUCGGCCAUCUGUGUGGCCACCGUCAGGAAGGUCCUGGCAGACGGGUAUCUGAUGAUCGGUAUCGAUGGGUCGGAGGCGGCUGACGGUUCCGACUGGUUCUGCUAUCACUCCACCUCUCCCUCCAUCUUCCCCGUCGGCUUCUGUGAGAUCAACAACAUCGAGCUGACUCCGCCCAGAGGUUACAGCGCUCUGCCGUUCAGAUGGUUCCAAUAUCUAAAGGAGACCAAGUCUGUGGCUGCUCCUGUUAACCUGUUCAACAAAGGAAGUCCUAACCACGGUUUCCGUCCCGGUAUGAAGCUGGAGGCCGUGGACCUCAUGGAGCCCAGGCUGAUCUGCGUCGCCACGGUGACCCGCAUCGUGCACCGGUUGCUACGGAUACACUUUGACGGCUGGGAGGACGAGUAUGACCAGUGGGUGGACUGUGAGUCACCUGACCUUUACCCGGUGGGCUGGUGUCAGGUGACCGGAUACCAGCUGCAGCCUCCAGCCGUCAACGCAGGUUUGAGAGAAUUACAAUCGGCUGCAUCCAAACAGAGGAAGAAAUCCCAGCAGUACAAGGGACAAAAGAAAAAGAGGAAGCUGCCCAUCGCCAAGCGACCGGUCAGCCUGUCUGUUGCCGUGGUGAUGGGCGUACCCAGGAGCCUGUCAGGAGACGAGAACGAGAGUCCGCCCGAUUACCCGUCGCCCCCUACUCCUGCCUCGGCGGCCCAACCUCCGUCUGCCGACCCGGAGAGCAGCCCCAACGCAGAGGAAGGGGCAGGUUCACAGAUAAAAGAGGAGAACACUGAAGGACCGGAGUUACCGUCUGGAAGGACUGAAACAGAAACCAACGGAUCAUCUGGAGAAUUCUUUACCAACCAGGACUCGUAGGCCUCCAUCUAUCCUCUCUGCCUUUAUCAAUCCAUCCAUCCAUCCUUUUUUUUUCUUUGCUACAAUUAUGAGUUUCAGGUCUCAUAUAAUCAUCU